AACCGCUCCAUCUCCACCAUGUCCUAUCCCUCCAUGUCUCCGGAGUUUUGGAGCAACAGCAGUACGGGGCUGGGCGGCAGUUCAAAGUGCUCGCAGCCGGUGGUGUGCAGGCCGGGCACCAUGCUGCCUGUGUGGAAGCCCCUGAGCCCCGGGCUGGGCGACCAGGUGGCCAGGGCUGUGGUCUACUUCACCUGCCUCAUGUACAUGUUCCUGGGAGUGUCCAUCAUCGCAGACCGCUUCAUGGCCUCUAUCGAGGUCAUAACCUCACAGGAGAAGGAGGUGACCAUCACCAUGCCAAGCGGAGAGACGUCUGUGGCUACUGUACGUAUCUGGAACGAGACUGUGUCCAACCUGACUCUGAUGGCUCUAGGCUCCUCCGCCCCAGAGAUCCUGCUGUCUGUCAUAGAGGUGUGUGGGCAUGGGUUUGAGGCGGGUGAGCUGGGCCCUGGUACCAUUGUGGGCAGCGCCGCCUUCAACAUGUUUGUGAUCAUCGCCAUCUGUGUGUGGGUCAUCCCUGAAGGAGAGACCAGGAAGAUCAAACACCUGCGUGUGUUCUUCAUCACAGCCUUCUGGAGUAUCUUCGCCUAUAUCUGGCUCUUCCUCAUCCUCUCUGUCAUCUCACCCGGAGUAGUGGAGGUGUGGGAGGCUCUGGUCACCCUGCUCUACUUCCCAGUGUGUGUGAUCCUGGCCUGGAUCGCCGACCGACGCCUGCUCUUCUACAAGUACAUGGCCAAGCGUUACCGCGCCGACAAGCACGGCAUCGUCGUGGAGACGGAGGGGGACACAACCCCGAAAGGCUUCGAGAUGAUUAUGGACGGAAAGUUCCCACCUAGGGGAGGGGCGGUGGGAAUGAUGCCCAGUGAGAACUGCCAGGAUGGGGCCAACAAUGCGGCGGGCACCGUGGCCUACCUACCCAACUCCAACAGCACCAUGGUGACCGUAGAGAAUACCAAGGAGCUGGACGAGAGCCGCAAGGAGGUGAUCCGCAUUCUGAAGCAGCUGAAACAGAAGUUUCCGGACAAGGAGCUGGAUCAGCUGGUAGAUCUAGCCAACUACUACGCCCUCCUCCAUCAGCAGAAGAGCCGCGCCUUCUACCGCAUCCAGGCUACGCGCAUGAUGACCGGCGCCGGCAACGUGCUCAAGAGGCACGCCGCCGACCACUCCCGCCGCGCCGCCGCCGUGGACGAGGAAGUGGUCUGCGAGGACGACGACCUGGCUGAGUGCAGCCGCCUGGCGUUCGAGAGCACCCACAGCCAGUGUAUGGAGAACUGCGGCGUACUGAGGCUGGCUGUGGUGUGUCAAGGGGGCCUGGGGGAGAGCACCUUCUACGUGGACUACCGGACCGAGGACGGCUCGGCCAACGCCGGGUCUGACUACGAGUACAGCGAGGGAACGCUGGUGUUCAAACCCGGAGAGACCCGCAAGGAGAUCAAGGUCGGCAUCAUCGAUGAUGACAUCUUCGAGGAGGACGAGCACUUUUUCGUGCGGCUGCUCAACUUGCGCAUCGGUGACGCCGAGGGGAUGUUCGAGAGUGAUGAGCCAGGUGCGAGACCCAAGGGUCGCCUGGUGGAGCCACUGGUCGCCACGGUGACCAUCCUGGACGACGACCAUGCUGGAUUCUUCACAUUCCGUAAUCGGCUGGUGCGCAUCAGCGAGAGCGUUGGCACCAUGGAGAUCUCAGUGGUGCGGAACUCGGGCGCCCGCGGCACGGUGAUCCUGCCCUAUCACACGGAGGAGGGCACGGCGAAGGGGGGCGGCGUGGACUACGAGGACACCCAGGGAGAGCUGGAGUUCUCCAAUGACCAGACAACUCAGACCCUGCAGGUGAGGAUCAUUGACGAUGAGGAGUAUGAGAAAAAGGAGAACUUCUUCAUCGUACUAGAGGAACCACGCUGGCUGAAGAGGGGAAUCUCAGGUGUGUGUACUUGUAGUUUUGAAUAUGAUCCUGAUGGCCAGAUGAGUGCAGAGGAGGAGGAGGCGAGGCGCAUUGCAGAGAUGGGAAAGCCCAUCUUGGGGGAGCACAGCCGGCUGGAGGUGGUCAUUGAGGAGUCUUAUGAGUUCAAGAGCACCGUUGACAAGCUCAUUAAGAAGACCAACUUGGCCCUUGUGAUUGGCACUCACUCCUGGAGGGAGCAGUUCGUGGAAGCUGUGACUGUCAGCGCAGGUGAUGGUGAUGAUGAUGACGAGGAGGGGCGUGAGGAGCGUCUGCCAUCCUGCUACGACUACGUCAUGCACUUUCUGACGGUGUUCUGGAAGGUUCUUUUCGCCUUCGUUCCGCCCACCGAGUACUGGAAUGGCUGGGCCUGCUUCUUCGUGUCCAUCUCGGUCAUCGGCAUCUUGACUGCCAUCAUCGGGGACCUGGCCUCCCACUUUGGCUGCACUGUGGGCCUCAGGGACACUGUCACUGCCGUGGUGUUUGUGGCUCUUGGCACCUCCAUUCCUGACACGUUUGCCAGCAAGGUGGCGGCCACGCAGGACCAGCACGCUGAUGCGUCGGUGGGCAACGUGACUGGCAGCAACGCGGUCAACGUGUUCCUGGGCAUCGGGGUGGCGUGGUCAGUGGCGGCCGUCUACUGGAACGUGCAGGGCAAGGAGUUCCGCGUGGACCCUGGCUCCCUGGCCUUCUCCGUCACCCUCUUCACCAGCUUCGCCUUCAUCUGCAUGGGUGUGCUGCUGUUCCGCCGGCGGCCCUCUAUCGGGGGGGAGCUGGGCGGGCCGCGGACAGCACGCAUCAUCACCAGCCUCCUCUUCCUGGGCCUCUGGUUCCUCUACGUCCUCUUCUCCAGCCUGGAGGCCUACUGCCACAUAGAGGGCUUUUAGAGGACACAUGAGAGCAGAGACAGGGCUACUAGUCAAAACACUGAUAUACAUUAUAGUUAUUAUAAUACACACAUCUACUACAGGACAAGGCCCAGGCCAAAGGUUGGGACCUGGUCAAUAUCACUGGAUCGCUAAUACCUAAGGGAUCUGUAGACAUACCCGAUAUACACAUACACACACACUUACAUACAAAACACAUACAGACACAUACUGAAACAUGAACUGUACAUAUAACUACAUGCAUGCACAAACAAAUGCACACGUGGUCUCUCACCAAGACCAACACACACAUACAACACUGUAACAAGGGCACCACACAGGUUGCGUGUGGCCUGGAGCCUGGAUGACGCCCAGUUAACAUUAACCUCCUAUUGCACACUCAAAUGUUAUACACACUCACUGGACAAACGAGGAAGAGAAGGAGAGAAAAGAAAGUAUUGGUCAAGGAAGUGACGAAGGAAGUAAGACAGGAGAGAUUUCAAAGGAAGCAUGUUCAGAAUGUAAACCAGCAUGUGGUAAAAGAGGGAGAGUGAAGGAGAGAAAGAGACAGACAGGUGUGUAGAAACUAAGUGUUGCAGUGGCUUUCUAUUCAUUCCAGCUGGCUGCGUAACAUGGUUUUGGGUCCAGCUAGACUGCUUUAAUUGAAGCAGGGUAGAGUGCCGUGUGUUUUGCAGGGUGUUUCAGGGAAGGCGAACCAGACUCAAUCCACUCGACUCAAUCCAUGUCUGUGUGGCCUUAAAGCAGUACCCCUUCACCCUUUCACUGGGGGUUUCCUUUUCAAAGACAGAAUCCACACACGUAGAAGCUGUGGUGGAAAAAGUACUCAACUGUCAUACGUGAGUAAAAGUAAAGAUACCUUAAUAGAAAAUUA